UUCAGCCUUUGAAAUUGCUUUUAGGUUGAAGUUGAUUUUAUCACGUCCGUUCUAGUUCAUGUUUGGUUGGGGUUUAUAUUUUUUUUAUGUAUGAUGCUGAAUUGUUGCUCCAUUUUGUGUUUUCUUUUGAUCCGACACAGCUGCUAGAAGUUAUUGAAUUCGUGUUUUAGGUCUGUGUGUGAUCAACUUCUAACAGAAAAAUCUUAAUUUUAAGUUCUAUUAAGAACAUCUUUGUUGUUUCUUCAAUCAUUUUGUUCAGGUAAAUUACAGACGGACCUGUAAUGUCAGUCGCAAACUCAUCACCGGCAUUGGAGAUUUUAGUUAGAGAACCCGGGGGUUUAGCUAUAUGGAAUGGACCACCUUUUACUAAUAAUCAACCCAGUAUCAAGCUCGAUAGAGUUCCUUGCACAAGUGCCAAAUUUAGCGAAGAUGGAUCCAAAUUAAUGGUGAUAAAGUCCGAGUCUACAAUUAGCAUCUAUGAUUGCAAAAGCUCAAAAGAGAUAAGAUCUUUUGAAUCCUCCAACAUUCUUGCUGCUGCUUUGUCUCCAUGUGGAACUUAUCUACAGACCUUCCAGAAAGUCUCAUCACCGCAGGAAAAGAACGUCACUGUAUGGAAGACAGAGACAGGAGAAUCAGUUUAUACUCUGUCCCAGAAGAACAUGACUAAAGCAACAUGGCCAUCAAUCAGAUUUAGCUCUGAUGAAGCAGUUGCUUCUCGCAUGGCAACAAAUGAGCUUCAGUUUUUUGAUGCUGGAGAUUUUUCCAAAGGCAUCGUGCACAAGAUCAGAAUCCCUGGAAUUGCUGCAGCAGAGCUUUCUAAGAAACCAGGUUCACAUGUGGCUGCAUUUGUUCCAGAAUCUAAGGGAAUGCCUGCUAGCGUUCAGAUAUAUGCUUGUGCACCUGAUUCUCAGAGUCAACCUAUUGCUCGUAGAAGUUUCUUCCGGUGUUCAACAGUGCAGCAACACUGGAACCAUGGUUCUACAGGGGUUCUGGUUGUGGUGCAGUCAGAUGUUGAUAAAACCAACCAGAGUUACUAUGGAGAAUCAAAGUUAAAUUACUUGACUUUAGAUGGGACUCAUGAUGGACUUGUGCCCCUUCGCAAAGAAGGGCCUGUACAUGAUGUUCAAUGGUCAUACUCAGGAAAAGAGUUUGCAGUUGUUUAUGGAUUCAUGCCUGCGAUGGCAACAAUUUUUGACAAGAAGUGCAACCCUCUGCUGGAGCUUGGGACAGGCCCUUACAAUACCAUUCGCUGGAACCCAAAGGGAAGAUUUAUAUGUGUCGCUGGGUUUGGUAACCUACCAGGUGACAUGGCAUUUUGGGACUACGUAGAAAAAAAGCAACUUGGGACCACUAAGGCUGAAUGGUCAGUGACGAGUGAAUGGUCCCCUGAUGGACGCUAUUUCAUGACCGCCACAACAGCUCCAAGGCUACAAGUUGACAAUGGGAUUAAAAUCUUCCAUUACAAUGGGUCAUUAUUCUUUAAGAAGAUGUUUGAGAAAUUGUAUCAGGUCGAUUGGAAAGCAGAUUCACCUGAUAAAUUUGGUGAAAUUGAAGAACUUGUCAAGUCUGUUGGCUCAUUAAAAGUGGAAAGCAAACCACAAGGACAAGGGUCAAAAUCUUCCCAGACCUCUGUGAAACCAACUUCCACCAAUCCUCCUGUUCAGAAGAAACCUGCUGCAUAUCAACCACCUCAUGCAAAGGCUGCAGCUGCCAAACAGACAGAGCUCUUUGGAGGAAGCCCUUCAGGAGAAAUGAGUAAGAAUGCAUUAAAAAACAAGAAAAAGAGGGAGAAACAGAGGGAGAAGAAGGCUGCAGAAGCUGGUGGUGCAGAUUAAAAAAUGGUCUUGGAUCACUAAUACAAAUCUUGUUUUCUUGGGGGCUUCCGACAUUUUUCGUCAGUCACCCCUUCAGAUUUGCGACUUCCGGCUGAGGUAUUUUGGUUAUCUAUUGAACAAUCUCAGGGACCAAGUUGGCCUCGCCUCAUGUACCCAUAUAAUUAUUUGAUCAACUCUUGUCCUUAUUCUCUAAUUUGUUUGCACCAACCAUGCACAUUUGCCAAUGAUCAAUGGCUAGUUUUAGGUGAGAGCAGUUAUGGUUGAUCUGGGACCAGCUGCUGCCUAACCUGGCCCGGUUGGUCCAGUCCCUGUUUUCUAAUAUGGGACUCGGUUAUGGCUGGUCCUUCUCAAGGAUUUGGUUGAGGUGCAUGAUUGGUUAUAAAAGAUAGGUCAAAAGGUCCAAGACUAGUCACUUUACCUUCGUACAUUUGCAGACCCGGGUAAUAAAAUAUGUGAUCCCAAUAUUAGUUGU